UCUAGGUCCAACUCAUAACCCGUAACCCUGGUUAACAGUCCAGCUGCUAUAAAAGAAUCCAUUGGGGUUCACCCUUUCAUCGUGCAAAUCUUAUCCCUUUACAACAAUCCCAAAUUUCUAGGGUUUAUAGUAUUUUCCAUGGCAGCAGCUGAUGUUGAGUUCAGAUGUUUCAUCGGUGGCCUUGCAUGGGCCACUGACGGUGAUUCUUUGGAGAAAGCCUUCUCUGUAUACGGCGAAGUCCUAGAAUCGAAGAUUAUCAACGAUCGUGAGACUGGAAGGUCUAGGGGUUUUGGAUUCGUGACCUUUUCCACCGAGAAGGCCAUGAGAGAUGCGAUCGAAGGAAUGAACGGUCAGAACCUUGACGGUCGGAACAUUACCGUGAAUGAAGCUCAGUCCCGUGGUUCUGGCGGAGGCGGCGGUGGCCGUGGAGGUGGUGGAUAUGGAGGUGGUGGUGGAUACAACCGUGGAGGAGGUGGAUACGGUGGUGGAGGGGGAUAUGGUGGCGGCGGUGGAUAUGGUGGCCGACGUGAAGGAGGAGGAGGAGGAUACAGCCGUAAUGGUGGUGGUUAUGGCGGAAGUGGUGGUUAUGGUGGUGGAAGAGACCGUGGUUAUGGUGAUGGUGGAUCCCGCUCUCGUGGCGGUGACGGUGGAGACGGUAGCUGGAACUAGGUUUUGAUGUUGUAGAAUAGGGUUUAUGAUUAAGCCGAUUGAAAUUAGGUGUUCUAUUUCGUGUGUUCGUAGUCUUGUUGUUUGUGGUUUUGACCUUUAUAUGUGGUUUUUUACAGUCUCUUAUGAAUGAAAUUAAGGUGUUGACUUACAGUGUU